AUGUUGAUGCUGCAAGUGGCGAGUUUGGCUUUGAGCAAGAGAAUGGCAGAUGCAUCCAUGUCAAUAACCGAGCACCAGGACUUUGUACGUGCCAUAGUGGCUUUGGAGCUACAGCGACGAGAAGAACGUACAACUUCCUUUCAACAGCAGAAAGUGUUGAGGUCCUCCAGCUCAGAUGAUACAACCAAAGAGAACGCCGAUACGACGCCAGCGGGAGAAGGCACGUUGAAUUCCGAUCGUAACCAUCAAAUACCCGAACCCGUGGUACAGGCAGGCGAAAAGCGUACUGCAGGAGUUAUUAAGUUUCGCAAGUUGUUGUCAGACGUACGUGCAGGAUUUAUGUCAGAGCGCGUUGAAGGUCCUGGAGUGGCCCGACCAAGGGGGCUCGAAACCCAGCAUGUCGCGAACAUACCUCCGGCAUCCUCUCCGGAUUCUAAAUUGCCACGCACGGAUGACACCAGCGACGUGCCAGAGUAUUACACCAUGGAUUCUUCACACGUAUCGUUCUCCUCUGACAGUGACAGCGGGACACAAACAAACCACAACACAGAGCUUCAGUCGUUCCUCCUCAAGCCCAUAUUCGAAGACCUGUUUGACAAAAUCGAACUUCGCUGGUCGGUAGAGAACACAAAUCUGCGACCUUUGGCAAUUCGCCAACACCUGGCCGAGAAUAAGAAGAACGAUCUUCCGUCAGUCGUUGAGAUGCUGCAGCAUUUGCAUGCCUAUGAGCAAGCAAUGGUUGACUCUGAAACAACAAAGGGUUCCGGAGGCUCCGUCCUAUCUUUGGAAAGAACGAAGACAGACAUUCAAUCCAGAGACAUGCUCUUCCAGGCGGUCCCAGGGCUACAAUUCGUGGUCCAGCGCCGAGCACGCCAACCACCACGUUUGUUUUCCACUUCACAGUUCGAAUACCGUCACCCAUCUUCUAGCACCCCGACUCAACGCUCUAAGUCCGUCAAUUUCCAUAAAGGUGCGAUGUCUCGUCGCGCCCACCCCCCGCCAGCCAAGGCCAUCAACAUUCAAAAUAUUGGGCAGCAGGAGAGCCGCAGUUCCCACGGCAGCAUCGGUCAUUCUCGAUGA